UAUUCUUUAUAAAUGGUGGAAUAUUUUUGCUGAGCUGGGUUGUUGUUUACAUACCCAGAAACUGUUUAUCAUUCACCUCCCCACUCAUUUUUGUGAGAUAUAAUAAAUUAACAAGUAUAUUGUUAAAUAUUUUAUACCGUGUAUUGUUAAAAUUGUUACGAAUAUUUUCUUAUAUUGUGUAUCAUCGGUUUAAUUACAAACCGUGAUUAAGUUAACCAAAAAAACGUGAAAAUAAUUCCAAAAUAGUAAAGCAAAUCAGUUAGCAGAAUAUUUUCAAGAUGAAAGUGACGGUAACGACUCUUGGUGAUGAUAUAUUUGUCCUGGAUGUUAGUGAAGAUUUAGAGUUAGAAAAUUUUAAAGCCUUUUGUGAGAUAGAAUGUGGAGUUCCUGCACCAGAAAUCUCCAUUGCUUUUAAUGGACGGCCGCUCAUGGAAGAAAAAAAGUCUCUGAAAGAUCAUGGCAUCAGAGACGGUGAUGUUGUUAUUCUACAACAUAUACAUCAAAGUGGAGCAGAUCUCAGUCUUCAAUCAACCAGUAAUGGAGCUCUGCCAAUAUUAGAUUUUAGUUCUAUUAGGAUUCCAGGAACAUCAACGAGUCCCAAUUCUUCUCUUCAACUAACUCAAAAUCCACGGAGCGAAAAUGAUCCUGCUAUGAUCAGAGAUAUGUUCCUUGCUAAUCCAGAUCAGCUUGCUUUACUUAAACAAAAUAAUUCUAGACUAGCUGAUGCAUUGUUAUCCGGAAAUCUUGAUAAAUUCUCAACGGUAUUAAAGGAGCAAAUCAAAGCACGUGACGAACGACAAGCCCAGCGUUUAAGAAUGAUGAAUGCAGAUCCAUUUGACACAGAAUCUCAGAGACUUAUUGCUGAAGAAAUUCGACAAAAAAAUAUUGAAGCUAAUAUGGAAGCAGCUAUGGAAUAUAAUCCAGAAACAUUUGGGACUGUUGUAAUGCUUUAUAUCAAUUGUAAAGUUAAUGGACAUCCUGUGAAAGCAUUUAUUGAUUCAGGUGCUCAAACAACAAUAAUGUCAGCUGCAUGUGCUGAACGAUGUCAUAUAAUGCGACUUGUUGACUCAAGGUGGGCUGGAGUAGCAAAAGGAGUAGGUGUUCAACGUAUUAUUGGCCGUAUUCAUAUGGUGCAAAUACAAAUUGGUAAUGAUCAUUUAACUACGUCCUUCAGUGUUCUUGAAGAACAACCUAUGGAUAUGUUGUUGGGUUUGGAUAUGCUUAAACGACAUCAAUGCUGUAUAGAUCUUAAAAAAAAUGUCUUGAAAAUUGGUACUACAGGCACUGAAACACCAUUUUUAGCUGAAGGAGAAUUGCCUGAAUGUGCUAGAUUAAGUGGUAAUAAUGAUAGUACGAUGGAUGAUCGUGAUUACCAAAGAGUCUUAGAAGAUAGUGCAAGAGAAGCAAAAAAACUGAGACAACAACAAGAAAGCAACGUAAAUAAUGCAUCUACCACAUCGGCCUCAAAUUCUACAACGAAUAACACUGAUAUUACGGUUUCUUCUGAUGAUCCUUUCACAGAAUCUAAUGUUAAAGCUAUCGAAGCUCUUGGCUUUCCUCGAGCUCAAGUAAUUGCAGAAUUACGCCGAUUCAAUGGCGAUGGAAUUCAGGCUACUGCUGCAUUAUAUGCAAAAUCGUUAAAAUUUUAAAUAAUGUAACUGGCAAGACUUUUCUAAUAUUUCUAACAAAAUUAAAUACUAAAAUUUACUUCAAGGAAUGAUUAUGAUUUAGUUUGAUAAAUGAAUAAUUUUGUUCAUUUUUUUAAAAUAUAUUUUUUCAAUUUUGAAAAUCAUUUUUUGUGAAUUUAUGAAAAGUUAUUGCGUAAAAUCAACGUGAAUGCUCAAUUAUUAUGAAUGACUGAUAUCGUAGUCAAGCUAGUUAAAUCAGGAAUGAUAAAAUGCUUAUAAGUCAAUAACUUUUUUUAUUUAGACAAUUAUUGUUUGAUUUUUUUGUUAAAUAUUCAAAGUGUGUCAUUUUUAACAGAUUUUAUUGAUUAAUAUUAACUUGAAAGAAUGUGAAAUAAACCUAUAAAAAUAAAAUCUACAUGUUUUAAUGAAAUUAUUUACAUUUCAUUAAUUAAAGUAGACUUGAAAAGCAUUUUUGAUAU